GGUUCGUGGAGUUGAUGCAAACGGCUUGAUACUUGGGAGUCAAAUUUAGCCACGAUUCAGGAGAACUCCAAAAAUAGGAAUGGAUCGAAGAUCGAAACGGAUUUUACUCAAUUUCCUUUUAUCUUUGUUGUUGUUCGAUCGUUGUGGCUGUAAUGCUUGUGGUUUAAGGCGAUUCCAUCUCGAUUCGGCGGCGGAGUGGCGGUGGCGCCUCCGAUUCUGGACAUGGCAUCUCCAUCAUUAUCGUCGUCGCAGAAUGGAGAAGAAGGCCUCGUCACCACCGCCAUAGCAAUAGAUAAUGACAGGAACAGCCAAUUUGCCGUCCGAUGGGCCGUAGAAAACCUAUUGGAGAAGGACUCUACUGUGAUUCUUGUCCAUGUCAGGAUCCAAAGCUUCCAAUCCAAAGACUCUGCUCCUAGAGGAGGCCGCUCACCAACGGACACUGAAAUGAAACAAUUCUUCCUUCCUUAUCGAGGAUACUGUGCUCGCAAAGGGGUUCGAGCAGUGGAGGUGGUCCUCCAUGAUGUUGACAUUUCAAGAGGCUUAGUUGAUCUCAUCCGUCGCUCAUCCAUCAGCACUAUUGUCCUUGGUGCUUCCAAUCGCACUGCUCUAGCAAGGGCAUUUAGAAAUCCUGAUGUACCAACUAGUUUGUGCAAAAUUGUACCGGACUUUUGUACAGUGUAUGUCAUAUCAAGAGGGAAAGUUCAGCAUGCCAAGGUACCUGUCAAAGGCAGUAGUGCACUUGCUUCCAAGCGAUCUUCUCAAACAGGAUUUUCAGCAGAUGGCAAUCAAUAUGAUGAUUCAUAUAGAGGUCCUACAAGUGGGAGUCGGAAAGGUGGAAGCUCAGAGAGAAUGUCAUUUGAGAUGAACAGUGAGCUUAAUCGACCAACUUCACUCUCUACUGGACAAUCAAUAGGCCUUGGAGUUUCUUCACCUCCAGACUCAAGGAGCAAUCUUAAUCUCCCAGUUCUCAAAAAAGGGAGUUCAACUGUUCGAGAUUCCAAUGCAGAAAUGAAUGAUUAUCCAGGAUCACCUGGUGUGCUAUCAACUGAAUUUUCUGAUGAAAGUUUUGACAAUUCCCGAAUAUCAGAUAUUUCCAGAAGCUCUGUGCCCUCCCAAGUCUCAAGGGAAGUAGAGACUGAAAUGAGGAGAUUAAAACUUGAAUUGAAGCAAACCAUGGAUAUGUACAAUUCAGCUUGCAAAGAAGCAGUUGGUGCGAAGGAGAAGGCAAAAGAGAUUGAUCAAUGGAAGACAGAGGAGGCACGUAAGCUAGAGGCAGCCAUGCAAGCUCAAAUGGCAGCAUUGGCUUGUAUCGAGAUGGAAAAGCAGAAAACCAAGGCUGCCCUUGAAAUGGCACAGAUGGCACAACGGCUAGCAGAACUGGAGGUCCAGAAGCGAAAGAACGCAGAGAUGAAGGCCAUAAAAGAGGCAGAGGAGAGGAAGAAAGCUAUGGAUUCAUUGGCAUGUUCUGAAAUCAGGUAUAGGAAAUACACCAUUGAGGAUAUUAAAACAGUAACAGGGAACUUCUCCAGUUCAUUUAAGAUUGGUGAAGGUGGAUAUGGACCUGUCUAUAAAGCCUUUCUUGACCACACAGCUGUUGCCAUUAAGGUUCUAAAGGCAGACAUGUCAGAAGGGAAAACACAAUUUCAACGAGAGGUUGAGGUGCUAAGCUACAUCAGACAUCCUAAUAUGGUUCUUCUUCUAGGUGCCUGCCCUGAUUCUGGAUGCCUUGUUUAUGAGUACAUGGAAAAUGGCACCUUAGAAGACAGGAUUUUCAGGAAAAACAACACUCCUCCACUUCCGUGGCAAAUGCGAUUCAGAAUAGCUGCUGAGAUUGCCACAGGUCUUCUUUUCCUUCACCAAACAAAGCCAGAGCCCUUGGUGCACCGAGACCUCAAGCCUGCCAAUAUUCUUUUAGACCGAAACUUCGUGAGCAAGAUAAGCGAUGUUGGUUUAGCUCAGUUAGUUCCACCAUCUGUGGCUGAUAGCGUCACUCAGUAUCGACUCACAGCAGCAGCUGGGACAUUUUGUUACAUUGAUCCGGAGUAUCAACAAAGUGGGUUGCUGGGUGUGAAAUCAGAUAUAUAUUCAUUUGGCAUCAUUUUGUUACAAAUAAUUACAGGAAGGCCCCCAAUGGCUCUGGCCCACCAUGUUGAAAAUGCAAUUGAGAAAGGAACACUAUCAGAGAUACUUGAUCCGACAGUGGACGAUUGGCCUUUUGAAGAGGUGUUGUCAUUUGCUAAAUUGGCUUUGCAGUGUUGUGAGCUGAGGAAGAAGGACAGGCCAGACCUCAGUUCAGUCAUAUUGCCUGAACUCCAGCGACUUAGCGACCUUGGGUCUGACGAUGAAGCCACUAAUUGCGGCAGAAUCACAACCGGGGUUUCUUUCAGUUAUUCCAGUUUUAAAGUGAGACCAGAAUUUAGUCAGGAAGCUGGCAAAACAAACGGUGGAAGACGAGCAUCAGAUAUCAAGUGUAGGUCAACCUUAAAAGAAGGCAGUGGCAGUGGAAGGCCGAGUGCCGAACUGACUAGACAGUGAAGUUCAAGAACUGGGUUGUGAUCGAAGGCAGGUUUGAUUCCCUACCAAUUCAAAACACUCUCUCUCUCCAAAUGGAAAUCAUGGAGUAUUUAUUUGGAAGGCUCACCAUCUGGUACCUUCAAAAUGUAUCUUCAUGGAUUGCCCGGCAGAGAAAAUUAAGGGCAACAAUCUGCUUCAAAAUUAGAAGCUCAAACGAACUGACUGGAACUUUGAGUAGCUGUUUGCACUGUGGCUUUUGAGUUGUCGGAGUGGGUUAUGAUUCUUCUUUUUGAUUGAGGUUUUCUUGCUUAUGGAAGUCAUUGGCACCUAGAUUCCUAAACCUUUCUGUGACAGAACAGGGAAAUCUUGCAUGAUCAACAUGAAGUAGUACCCUAAUUUCUUUCUUCUUAGAUGAAUGUAAGUCCCAGAUACUUUAAAAGGAAAUGAAUCACUUUUGCCUUCUCUCCUCGUAUUUGUAAUCCAUCUA